AUGCUCCCGGAGCUUCAUGGUGCCAGAGCACUGCCAGUAACUCACCCGUUGUGUUCAACCCGCCUGGGCUCCUUUGACUCAGCCCUCGCUGGCUUUCCCUUCGUGGUUUCUGGCCAGGUGUGCGGGGUAGUGACUGCGACUGCAAGUAUCGCCCUCCGCAAACGGCGUGUGAGCGUAGGGCGUUGCGCGAUGAAGCGGAUCAAGCGGGUCGCAGUGGUUGGAGGCACUCAUGGCAAUGAGCUCUCCGGCGUAAUCUUGGUGCGCUCCUGGAUGCGAAAGCCGAGUUUCUCCGAAUUCAAAUCUCUGAACGUGGACACAUUCCUUGCCAACGAGGAAGCUGUGCAGCGCUGCCAGCGCUUCGUCGACGAGGACCUGAACAGAUGCUUCGCAAAGUCGAGGCUUUCCCAAGGCUCCGAUGGCUCGGACACCGAGCGCUCGGAACCGAGGCGUGCCCGGGAAAUCAACUUACGGAUUGGGCCAAGAGGCUCAGAAGCUGCUUCCGAUUUGUGCAUAGACCUGCACAACACCACUUCCAACUUUGGAAGUGGCAUCAUCAUCACGAACACUUCCUCGCCGGACCUGCACUGGCGGCUCCAACUUUGUGCCCGGCUUGCCCGUGACUGUCCGGACGUCCACGUUGUCUUCGAUUGUGUUGGCGAUUGUUCUGACGAGCCCUUCUUGCCCCUCGUAGCGAAGACGGACUUGACCUUCGAGAUAGGGCCCCAGGCGCACGGCACUAUCGUCGCCGAGGUGCUCCGCAGACAGGAACAGCUUGUCCUGGGCACGCUGGACUUUCUGGAGCGGUACAAUGCCGGGCAGCUGUCAGAGGAAGAAAGGGCGGCAAAGACAAUCGAGGUCUACAUCCUGCAGUCCGUGGUGCAUUAUCCGCGGCGGUCAGAUGGUAGCCUUUCCGCCAUCAUCGCACCAACUCUGCAAGGACGCGACUUUAGCCUCCUGCAUCCUGGCGACCCGGUCUUCCAGGACAUCGACACCGGGGAGAGCAUCCCCUGGGAGGGGCCAGAGUGUUUCCCGGUCUUCGUCAAUGAGGCCGCCUAUCUACCCAGCUUCGUGGCCUUCCACCAGACUAAGAGGUGUGAGUUGGUGGUGCCAGAGCUAUCCUGCGAUGGCGCCCUCUCCGAGAUUGUGAUUCCCAAUCUCUGA